UGGGUGACAUCCAGGACAUAUUCUCGACCUUCUAUCAAUCGUCGAACGAUGCGGCUGAACAUGAACGUCUCAACUUGCAGUCCGCAGCGAUUGACGAGAUGAUGCGUGGGAAAUACCAUCAUGCACCUCUCGAGAAGCCUUCGAAGAUCCUCGAAGUGGGCAGCGGAACCGGUGCUAUCACCCGCAAGCUCGCCAAUCAACAUCCUUCGGCUUCAGUCAUCAGCAACGACAUCUCUCCCAUCCCCGAUCAGGAGCGAUUGCCCAGAAAUGUCGCUUGUCUCCAAGGGGACUUCCACACCUUCGCCGGGGACGAAACCGUUUUCCCACCAGGAUAUUUUGACUACAUCUUCUCCCGCAUGCUGGUGUACGGCAUGACUGACUGGCGCGAGUACAUAGCUCAAGCCAAGUCUCUCCUCGCUCCCGGCGGAUAUCUGGAGUUGCAGGAGCUUGAUGUUUCUCGAUUUUGGGACGCCGAUCAGAACCCCCUCCCGCGAGAUGCUUACGCGAUUGGGAUGGAAUUGGAGUUCAUGAGGCAAGGCCUGGUCGUGGACGUCGCUCCCAAGCUGGCUGGACUGCUGCGAAAUGCGGGAUUCGUGAAUGUGGAAGUGAAAGAGUUCCGAUGGAUGUUUGGCGAGUGGCCU